AUGUACACCCUCAUUAUCCAAAUCCUUGGUGUGUGGGAAGGGGAGGAUUUCAAUGAAAUUAGAUUCAUCAGUGAGAGGAAGGGGUGUUCAAGAAGAGAGAGGGGGAUAAAGGACUUUAAUGAGCUUAUUGACAAAUUGGAAUUAACGGAUCUGCCUAUGCUAGGUAGACAGUUUACCUGGUGUAAUGCAUUGGAUGGGGAAAGAUGGAGCAGGAUAGAUAGAUUCCUGUUGGAUUCUAGAUGGCUAGAAAAAUUCUCUUUUAAGCAAUGGGUUUUACCUAGAACCAUAUCAGAUCACUGCCCAAUUCUGUUGAAGGAGGAUGAAAGGCAUUGGGGCCCCAAACCCUUCAAGUUCUUAAAUCCUUGGCUUUCAUAUCCUACCUUUAUGCCUGAAGUUAAACAGCUUUGGCAGAACAACCAUGUGUCAGGAUGGGCAGGGUUUAGACUCAUGAGGAAACUGAAAGAAUUAAGACCUCAUUUAAGGGUGUGGAACAAGGAGGUGUUUAGUGAUAUUGAUUCUCUUUUAAAGUCAGCUGAAGAGGAGUUGCAUGAUUGGGAUCUGAAGGCAGAAUCUGGGUCUCUAUCUAAUGAGGAUAUUAGAAGAAGAAGAGAAGCUAGAAGUGUGGUGUGGAAAUUAAGCAGAGAUAAAGAGUGGUUAUGGCAUCAAAAGUCCAGAAUGCUUUGGGCUCAAAAUGGUGAUAAAAACACUAGGUUUUUCGACAUUAUGGCUAGUAGGAGACAAAGAAAGAACUUGUUAGAUUCAGUUUGUGUGGAGGGGGUGUGCUUUGAGGACCCUGCUCAGAUUAAAAAGGCUGUGGUUAGGCAUUUUAGGCAGUAG